AUGAAGACCUUCUCAGGAAGUGUCCAGCUUCACAAGACAAUCAGCAAUGAGAAACAGGAUCUUAUGGCCAAAAAGGGGAAUAUCCAAACAGAGGAUAAGAGGAUCCUGGAGCAUCUGCUACUCCUGCAGGAAUGUCCUUGGGAACCAGAUGUUACCGCAGUGGCCCAAUACAGGGCAGAACUAAGGCGAUGUUGUAAUGCUUCCUCUUCAUUAGUGUUAACUAAGGAAAAUGCACCUCUGGGAUCAAGCAUCAUCUUUGAUGGGAACAAAAACAGGAAGUUGUCCGUGGAUGCUGUUCUGUUUGACCUGCUGCCAAAGAGACUACCCUUCUCAGACACUCAUUAUGGGCAUUGUGCAGUGGUGGGCAAUGGAGGAAUCCUACGAAACAGUCACUGUGGGCAUGAGAUCGACCAAGCGGAUCUAGUAGUCAGGUUCAAUAUGGCUCCCAUGAAUUUCUCUGAAGAUGUGGGAACCAAGACAAGCCUGAUUACAAUCAACCCCAGCAUCCUUCAGUUGAGAUUCAAGAACUUGCAGGCCCGGAGGAAACCUUUUGCAGAUGCACUCCGCCCCUACAGAGAUGCCCUCUUCCUCAUUCCAGCUUUCUCUUUUGUGGGCCACAGCACUCUCAGCUACCGUGCUUUGUACACCAUGGAGGACUUUGGCUGGCCUCAGCAGAUGUUCUUCCUCAACCCACACUACCUGGCCACCCUAAGUAACCACUGGAAGGAAAAAGGCUUUCAUCCACAGCGCCUUUCCUCUGGUUUCAUGUUCGUCAAUGUCGCUUUGGAGUUCUGUGAGCGCAUCACCCUCUAUGGCUUCUGGCCUUUUGCGCAUGACCUAGAUGACCAGCCCAUUCCUCAUCAUUACUAUGAUAAUAUGUUGCCCAAGGCUGGUAUCCAUGCCAUGCCCAGUGAAUUCUCACAUUAUCUGAGCAUGUACGCCCAGGGUGUGCUUCAGUUACAACUUGGCAAGUGUCAAUAA